AAACUUCACAUCACAGUCUAGCAUUCACACACACACUAAAACACACAGUUUUCACACACAACAGCAAAAGCAAUGGCAAGAACAAAGCAAACCGCUCGCAAGUCCACCGGCGGCAAGGCCCCCCGCAAGCAGCUCGCGACAAAAGCCGCCCGGAAGUCAGCCCCGGCCACCGGCGGCGUCAAGAAGCCCCACCGUUUCCGCCCCGGAACCGUCGCGCUCCGAGAAAUUCGCAAGUACCAGAAAUCAACCGAGCUUCUGAUCCGAAAGCUCCCGUUCCAGCGACUUGUUCGGGAGAUCGCCCAGGACUUCAAGACUGAUCUUCGGUUCCAGAGCUCUGCUGUGGCUGCUCUCCAGGAGGCUGCCGAGGCUUAUCUGGUUGGACUCUUCGAAGAUACUAAUCUCUGCGCGAUUCACGCCAAGCGUGUCACCAUCAUGCCUAAGGAUAUUCAGCUUGCCAGGAGGAUCAGGGGCGAGAGAGCUUGAAGGAGGGAUGAAAUUAGGGUUUAUGUAUUUCGAUUUGGGGGUAAUGUGGUACUAUUAUAUGUAAUUGAAGAAGUCGAAUGAAUUGUGUUCAAAGUGUAUGUCUGCGUAUAGCACUAAAUCCGAAUUUUAUAUGUCCUUAAUUCAAAUUUGAACCAGUAAUUGGAUUUGUUUAAAUGCAUUUAAGUUUUUAUUUA